AUGUUAGAGAUAGCCAAUCUCAAAGCCAAUGUCCUCACGAACCAAGCUUCCAAUGAGAAAGUCCUGAACGAUUUCGCGGAAACCUUGCGCCAAUACAACAUAGAGAACCAAAACCUUGCCCGACUCAUCUACCGUUUCUUCGAAGAGAUAGACGCCAUCUGGAAGGUACUCGGAAAGGACAGAACAUGCAACACCGUACUUCGUGAGUACCAAAUUGAAGAAGGAAUUGUCGAGGAAGAAGAGGAAGAAGAGGAAGAAGAGAAACACGAAGAAGUUCCUGAAGCCGCUACAUGGGCAACCCUUGUUGCCGAUGACGCUUACGAAAUUUCCCAACCCUACCCAUACCAAAUCCGCAACAAGGAGACAGGCAAGGUUCUUACCCCAGUCCUCAACAACUUGGGACACUUGAACCUUAACCUUCGAAAUUACGGUUCAAUUUCCAUGGGAAGGCUUGUCGGUAUGCAAUGGGUUCCAAAUCCAGACAAGAAGACGAGGGUCAGACACAUUGACGGUGACAAGCUCAACAACCGUAAGGAGAACCUCGAGUGGUUCUAA